ACCAAAUGUUUCGACGUCGAAAUCUGUCAAGGACAUUCCAAGCCAUGAAGCGACGAACCCGAAGCAGCGCUCCCAGUCCGCCAAGGAAGCGCCAGGCAAGCACUACGAAACGCACUGCAACAGGCAACCUGCCUUCUGACAUUAUAACCAUAAGCGAGCAACAUGCACGAUAUCUGCGCCUUCAAGGUUCACAUCUUAUCAAUCCGAAGCUAUCGGGCAGUGUGGGAGACAUGGUCAAAGUUGCAGCAGAUUUGUUCGGUAUACAAGCACAGGAAACAGCGUCAGGAUUCGUAUCCAUUUGGCAGCGACUUUUGAGAGGUGGUGCACGUUGCCGCUGCAACAAAGCGCAGAAAGACCCCCUCACUCUCUCCGAACUGCAAGGAGUUAUCAAAAAUGGAGAAGGGUUGAUUAGAAUAUGGGGACAACGAUGUACUCUUCAUAUAUACGAUCGAAAAGAUUGGGACAUUGUAAUUGGGGCAGUUGGCGAGGCAGUGAUCGCCAACAGAGUUGCGUCAGUUAAGGCUGGACGAGUGACAGGAAAGGACGCAUCAGCCGAAUUGGACGCUGCACGAGAGGACCUGUUGUCGAUUCUCUCGGCAGGAAGGUGUGCGACGCGAAAGGAUUUAGAAGCCUGUGGCCACAAUGGUAAACUUCAAUACAGUACGUUUAUGUGCGCAACGAUGGAAGGACAUGGGGCUCGAAUUGACGUCGACUCAGGAAAUCCGGUGAUGGCACCUCGGUCCCGUGUUGUUACAGAGGAAGAGCUUCUGUGUAUGAAAGUAGAACAAAAAGACGCUUUGGUCGAGGUUGCUCGACGAUACUUUAAAGCAUAUGGCCCUGCGACGGAAGGCGACUUUCGAUAUUGGAUGUCACUCAGUGCGGGACCUUCUCGUGCGGCUGUCCAGGCGCUACUAGAGGCAAAUGAAAUUGUCAAAGUCCACUUGGAACCAGCUGAAGAAACAUUUGCUGUAUUACCGUCACGAAAGACUAAAGUCCAAGAAUACUAUGUCACCUCAGAAACAGCCGUCCUCUUAGAGCAACCCGUCCCACCACCCUCCGAAUGGCCCGUAUAUCUUCUGUUCCGUUUUGACCCACUUCUUUUGGCACAUGCUGACAAAUCUUUCUGGAUUCGACCCGACCUUAAAUCGAAAAUAUGGACUGUUAAUGGUAUCAUCAAUCCUACUAUCUUGAUUGAGGGCCGAAUAGCUGGAACAUGGUCUUACACAAAAAGUCUCCCAAAUCAAAUGGAGUUUGUGAUGACAAGAUUUCCUGAUGGAGUGUUCUUUACCGAUGCCAUCAAGUCAGCAUUGGAAGCGCAAGCGACAGAGUUUGCAGCUUUUUUUGGAUCGAUGGUUCUCGAUGUCAUUUAUGUAGAUUGAUAUCGGGAUUAUACUACAUUGUAGCGAUAUUGCAGUUCUGCUCAUUGCAGUUCAGUGUAUAUAGACGACCAGAUGCAGACUACCACAGGUCUAAAGUGACGAGCGAUUUUUGGCUGGUGCAAAUGUAGUCAUGUCGACAAGGCUGUCAUCCAGU